AUGCGCUCGAGCGCGGACACCGUCCGCGGCGAGGCAGAGGGCGCCAUCAAGCGGAGCAAGCUGGCAGACUUGAGAGUGCGCAAGGCGGAGCGUGACGGCGCCAUUGCGAUGCGCAUGGCGGUGCUCCGCGACCAGCUCCACUUCUCGCUCGCCUUUUACGUCUCCCUAGUCGUCGCGACGGGUCUCCGGUGCAUCCAUCGCCGCCGGCUGGAGGGGUUGCCGCUGAGCUCGCUGCCCCUGUUUGCGGGCCCAUUUAUCUUUGCGUACAACGUCGAUGCGGCAUAUGGGAACAAGGUUGAACGGCUCAACAUGGAGGCGCAGACCAUCCUGCGCACAGAGGCGCAUUGGUUCAACCAGCCGAUGAUUUUGCCUACCUUCCUUGAGCCCGAGUACCGCAAGAUGCGAGAGGAGAAUAAUCGGCGCCUACACUCAGCGGGGAUGCCGCCCGAGAGCGACUGGGCCACGUUCCGAUCAGCGAUCAGCGACGAUGAGGUGUGGCAGUUCGCAGCGCCUCUGAGCAAGCUGAUGCACGAAAGCCUCGCCGAUGACGUAAACGUGGACCCCGAGCGAGGCCUGCUAGGGUUGAUGCGCAAUCGAAUCGUCUCGAUCGUGAGGGCAGCUGAUGGGCAUGCGACCUUUACAGCACGCACCGCGCUCGACCCGCCCGACGUGACGUUGCGCACCCACGCAAGCGUCUAUGCACCUACGCAAUGGGCCGACUCGCUACCUCCCCCGCCUGAUCUCGUCCCAGACCAUCCGCGCCGCAAGGUGUAG